CUUCUUCGAAAUUCGUGCGGUGCGGUUGUGCGCGUCGGAUGAAAAUACGAAAUGAGCGUUUUACCAACUGCUUAAAACACCAAACACGCACUGCGCUACAAACGAUGCGAAAUGCUUUAAAAACAAAAGUGAACAGCAGAAAACACGGGCAACAAAAUUACAACAAUACUCGCAAACCUCUUAUCAGUGUUUUUUGUUAAACAGCUGCAAAAUAAAGUUCAACUGAGUGAAACAAUUCGUUUCGCAAAAAGCCAAAAAGGAAGAGAAAAAAAAACAGUUGGAUGCUGUGCUAAAAGCAACAAAUACGUCAAAAAUUUCGUGUGUGCUGCUCCCCAAAAUUGUACAAGUGUGCAUGUGUGUGUAUUUACGUGUAUAUGUGUGUGCGCGGUCCAGUUUUGUGUAUAACAAAAAAAUCUAAGCUGUGUGUCCUUUGAAGGUGCCGCAAAGGUUGUAUAUGUAUUGUGUCGAAAAGCUUAGCUGCAGCAACGCAGGAUAACGCAUUAGUCAUCAGCAGAGGCGCUGGCAGCGCAGCCAGCGCAUCCUGUGUCUGUCGACGCCGGCCCGUACAGAAACAUAACACGAGCAAUAAAAAAACAACAACAAAAGCUUCAGCACUAACAACAACAACAGAAACAACUUGUUCUCCAUGCAUCGUUUAACCCCUGCAUGCGUAUAACAACAACAACACGAACACCAGUGACAAUAAGAAGAACGCAGGCAAAAGGAAAUCGAGAAUGGAGCGUAAAUUCACGCGCGGCUUGAAUAAGCCGGGCAUGGCGGCACAGCUGAGAGAGAGCGUCUCUCAGGUGGUGCGUGAGAGCGCCGUUUUGAUACACUGCCCUGGAAGCUAUCAGCGCAGUCUCUCCAUUUUGAACAAACCACUCGUCGUGGAGCCGAUCGACUUUGAAGCCUUUAUAGCCAAAAAUAAAACACUCAUACAAAACGAUCCGCAGCGCGAGCUGCUUAUCUAUCCAGCGGACGAUGUCUCGGAGAUUGUCAUGCCGCGCAAGCAGCGCACCACUGCCAAGUCUGUCGCAGAUCGAUUUGUGCCAGCCAAUGAGGCUAUUGUGACGCCACUGCACGGGCCAAUUGUGCUGGGCAGCAAUGGGCACGGCCAGGUGAGCCGGCAGGGCAGCCUGCAGUCGAAUGGCAGCCUCCACAAUGGCCACAGCAGCACGAGCAGCCUUUCGAAUGGCAAUGGGCAGUUGUCGCGCAAGAGCUCGCAGUGCUCGAACGGGUCGGCGGUGAGUCGAAAGACCUCGCAGGAGUCAUCCUAUGAGUCGGCGUUGUCCUCCAACACAUUGCGCUCGAACUUGGCGCAGCCCGAGGAGGUCGAUGAGUAUGCGGACGAGGAGCCAGUGCCCAGCGAGGAUGUGACAGAUGCCACUGCUCUGGGCACGCGUGCCGAGUGCACGCGCUUCACUCGCCAGGCGCUGUACACGUACCGUGCCAAGAAUCAUCUCAUCCACUACAAGUACAGUGCAUAUGGCGGCAACUGUCACGAUCUGCCCAGCACCUCACCUGCCGAGGAGCUGCUGGAGGAGGUGUACGAAAUCGAUGCUGACCAGGACCGCAUCGAUGAGCAGAUGACUCGCUCCCAGGCAGACAGCAUUACCAAACAGGGUUUCCUAUUGAAGGGGCCCGACUCGGCCGCGGAUCGCAUGUUUGCCAACAUUGGCAACAAGUCGUUCAAGCGUCGCUAUUGCUAUCUGCGCCAGGAGAUCGAUGGCACCUACAUGCUCGAGCUGCACAAAGAUGAGAAGCAGUGCGAGGCCAAGGCCACCAUUGUCAUGGACUUUUGCACCGAGGUGGUGCAGAAUCCAAAACGUGGUCGCUUCUGCUUUGAGCUGCGCAUGACAACUGGUCACAAGUCGUUCACCUUGGCCGCCGAGAACGAGCAGGACUUUAAAGAUUGGCUGUCCAAGCUGUCCUCAGUGCUGGCACAGAACAAGGCGCAGGAGGAGAAGCGCAACGCAUCGCUAGAGCGCCAGCCAGCCAAUGGUAAUGCCAGUGCCACGCCCACGCCACAGCUGCAACCGCCGGCCACGGAACCAGCCACGUUUGGCACUCUCAAGGGCCUGGAUCAGUCGCUGCAUCCGCAGCUGAUGAAGUAUGGACGCGAGACGGAUCACUCCAUAGCGCAGGCGCGUCGCGAGCAACGCCGCCGUCUCUUCGCCUGCUACCAGAGCAACGCCAAGGCCGUGGGCAACGAUAAUGUGGAGCAGUAUCGCGAUCACUUUGGCACGCGCGUCCUGCUCAGCUGUCAGUGCCUGCGCUUUCGCCUGCAGUGCCAGUCGGCGGAUAUGGCGGAUGGUGCAGCGGGCGAACAGCUGUGCCAGGUGGAGCCCUAUAUAACCAGCUUGGCGCUUUAUGACGCCAAAGCCGGACGGAAGCUCAGCGAGAACUUCUACUUCAACAUAAAUGAGCCCAGUGCGGCCCAGAUGCUGCCCAAUACCCCAGUGCCCGCCUCCGUGGCGGACUGUGGCAUCCCCAGGCGUGUGGAGAACGAUGAGCGCAAUGCCUCCCAAGCUCCACAUUCGCUGUUCGACAGCGUCUCAUCCGAGCUGCUGCGCUGUCCACGUCAGCAAUUCCACCAGCUGCGCCAGUGCAUGCUGUCGGUCAGCGCGCCGCAUGCGGACAUCUAUCUGGUGCUGCGCAUUGAGAAGGUGCUGCAGUGCAGCAUUGCCCAGGCGGCCGAGCCAUAUAUGAAGGCCGCACGUGAUCCCAAGCUGGGCCAAAAGGUGCACAAGACGGCCAAGAGCUGUGCCCAGCACAUCGGGCACUAUCGCCAGCCAUUCGCCUGGGCCGCCCGGCCGCUCUUCAAGGCCUACAGCCAUGAGCUGGACGUGGACUCCAACUGCGUGUGCGAGUUCAGCACCAUCUAUCGGCAGGAGCUGCCCAAGCUGCGCGAUGAGGAGCUGCUGAAGCUGUUGGCCGACUACCGCAAGCCGGAAAAACUUAGCAAGCUUAACAUCAUACCGGGCUAUAUGCGCCUGCAGGUGCAGUUGCUGGAUCAAACGACGCCCUGCGGCUUGACCAAGUCCCUGGCGCCCUUGUCCACCUUCAGUGCCUCCGCCAAGCAGCCGCUCACUCUGGAACUCGCCGAGUUUCAGAGCCAAACCGAGCGGGAUGCGCAUCCCUAUACCAGUUUCUGUAACCAUCUCUAUGUGUAUCCCCUGAGCCUUCAGUUCGAUAGUCAAAAGAUCUUUUCACGCGCUCGCAACAUCACAGUCGUCGUCGAGCUGAGAGAUGGCGAUGGCGAGUACAGUAAACCUUUAACGUGCAUCUAUGGCCGACCUGGUCAGGAACUGUUGGUCUCACAGAUCGCCUGCCCGGUGCUGCAUCACAAUGUGACGCCCACGUGGUAUGAGGAGAUCAAGCUGCGUCUGCCGCUGGGCCUCUUUCCGGAGCAUCAUUUGCUCUUCUCGUUCUAUCACGUCUCCUGUAACCUGAGCAAGAAACGCGAUGCGCACGCAGCAUUUGAGACGCCCAUUGGCUAUGCCUGGCUGCCGUUGCUGCAGAAGAAUCGCAUCUGUCUGGAGGAGCAGCUGCUGCCCGUGGCUGCCACGCUGCCCGUUGGAUAUCUAUCCAUACAGCCGCUGGGCUGGGGUAAGGGGCAGAACUGCGGUCCGGACAUCCAGUGGAUCGACAAUCAGCGAGCGCUGUUCAGCGUUGGCCUGCGUCUGGACUCCACGGUGCUGACAUCCGACCAGCAUUUGCACAACUUUUUUGCCCACUGCGAACGCCUGCUGGAGGGCGGCAAGACUGGAGCCCUGCCAGCCGAGACGGAGACCUGCAAGAUCCUCAAGGCGGCGCACGCCAUCGACAUGCGCUCCCUGAUCAACUUUCUGCCCACGCUCCUCAACGAGCUGUUCACACUCCUGGUGCACACGCAGUCCGAGGAGAUCGGCCUGAAUGUGAUUCGUCUGCUAACGAACGUCAUACACCAGAUCAGCGAUGAGGCCAAGCGCACGGAGCUGCUCGCUUCGUACGUGAAGUAUGUGUUCCAUGCGCCCUAUUACAGUCAGCAGACAGCUCGAUCGCGCACCGUGCACGGCGAGCUGUGCCGCCACCUGCCCUACCUGCUCAAUCCCAACAACACGGACUUUCUGAUCGUGAACAAGUUCAUGCGCUACUCCUCGAUCUUCUUCGAUCUGAUUGUGAAGAGCAUGGCGCAGCAUCUGCUGGCCACGGGUCGCAUUCGCAUGCUGCGCAACGAGCGCUUUCCCAAGGAGUACGCGGAUCGGGUGGAGCAGCUGGUCAAGGCGCUGAUACCGUACAUAACAACCCGCUACGAUGAUCUCGGCGAGGAGACGCAGCUGCUGAAUCGUUCGCUGGCGCGCUUUAUCCGCCAGUGCCUCAGCUACAUGGAUCGCGGCUUUGUGUUCAAGCUGAUUCGCUUCUACAUGGAACAGUUCUCGCCUGGCAAUCCGCGCGUGCUGCACGAGUACAAGUUCAACUUCCUGCAGGAGAUCUGCCAGCACGAGCACUAUGUGCCGCUCAAUCUGCCGUUCGUGCUGAAUCCGAAGAAUCGACCGCCCGAAAUGCUGCAGCAUUUCACGCUCUCGGAACAGUUCUGUCGCCAGCAUUUCCUCUCCGGCCUGCUGCUGCAGGAGCUGAAGAGCAGCCUCAACGAGGUGGGCCACGUGCGGCGCCAUGCGCUGUCCGUGUUCAGGGAUCUGCUGGCCAAGCACGAGCUGGACGCGCGCUACCAGCAGCGCGGCCAGCUGAGCCGCAUCGCGCUGCUGUAUGUGCCCUGGCUGGGCAUUGUCAUGGACAACCUGCAGCGCAUCGAUGAUUUGUCCGAAUCGGACGCCAGCACGCCCAACGGCCAUGUCUAUGCGGACUCGGCGUCGUAUACUAAGCGGCUCAGUUGCUCCAGCAGCUAUGUAUUCAGCAAGGACUCCUCGACCUUCGGCUCGCUAACCUCCACGCCCCGUUCCAAGAAUCGCCUCACGCCCCACGCUGACCACGCCAGUCCCUGUCGCACCUCGAUGCACAUCAAGGACCACAACUAUCUGGCCGCCAUUGCGGGCUCGGCGAUUGGCAACGGCAUCUCCAAUUUGUCCCUCAACUCGAACUCCGAUUCAGGCCACUCACAGGACACCACAACGAUCGGCGCCUACACCAAUGGCGAAAUGGACGUGGCCAUGCGCAACGGUCACAAUCGAUCCGUGAGCGUGACCCAUGCCCAGAUUCUCGCACGCUGCGACAAGUUCAGUGCGGCGGAGAGCAAAGAUUUGCUGCUCGGCUUUCUGUUUAUUGUGAAGCACUUGUCGCAGGAUCAAAUGGUCGCCUGGUGGCAGAGCUGCAACGAGACGGAGACACUGCAGUUCCUGUCCAUUCUGGACAUGUGCCUGCUGCAAUUCCGCUACGUGGGCAAGAAGAACAUUGUGAUGGCCAGCGAGGCUCGAGUGCAGAGGCCGGCUAAAGCGAAUACGCUGCCCGCUCGCAGCACGCCGCCUGUGGUGGAGAACGGCAGCGCAGAGCCCAGCACUGGCACCCUCACCCAGACGCGUGAGCAUCUGCUCGAGGACAUGGAUUUGUGUGCUAGAUCGCAGCAAGCGCUGUACGAAUCAAACCUGGCCACGGAGGUGGGCAUGAUCAUACUGGACUGCCUCGGCCUCUACGUGCUGCAAUUCCGCCAGCUCCUGGCCGACAGUCUGGUGCUGCCCAAGCUGGCGCGCGUCUAUCUGCGCUUCCUGCAGCUGGGCCAGUCGGAGCGCCUGUCCAAGCAUCUGUUUGCCGCGCUGCGCGCCUUCAUCAACAACUAUUCGAUGGCCCUGUUCAAGGGCAAUGCAAUGCUCUGUGGCCAGAUGGUCUAUGAGCUGCUGAAGGCCUGCGACAGUCGGCUGGUGCACAUUCGCCAGGAGUCCUGCGCCGUUCUCUAUCUGCUGAUGCGCAGCAACUUCGAGUUCAGCGGCCGCAAGGCGCUCACCCGCGUCCAUCUGCAGGUCAUCAUCUCGGUGUCGCAGAUGAUUGGCAAUGUGAUUGGGCUUAACAAUGCGCGCUUCCAGGAGAGCCUGUCCAUCAUCAACAGCUAUGCCAACAGUGACAAGGCCAUGAAGGGCACCGGCUUUCCCCUGGAGGUCAAGGAUCUGACGCGACGCGUGCGCACAGUGCUGAUGGCCACGGCGCAGAUGCAGGCGCAUCACAUGGACCCGGAACGGCUGCUCGAACUGCAGUACUCGCUGGCCAACUCGUACGCCUCGACGCCAGAGCUGCGGCACACCUGGCUGGUGACCAUGGCCCGCAAUCAUGAGCAGAACGGCAAUCUCUCGGAGGCCGCUUGCUGUCAUCUGCAUAUUGCGGCUCUGAUGUGCGAAUAUCUGCGCCUACGCGGCGGCUGCACUCUCAGCUGGUCCUCGACGGCCUUUGCCAAGAUAUCACGCAACAUUCCCCUGGAUGAGCAGGGCCUCAAGCUGGAUGCCGGCGCCCAGGACUCGCAGUACACUGAGCAAAUGCUGCUGGAGCAGCUGAAGCAAUGCGCCGACUUCCUGGACCGCGCCGAGCGCUUCGAGUGCCUCGGCGAACUCUACAAGCUCAUCCUGCCUAUCUAUGAGCGCGCCCGCAACUUUAUCGAGCUGGCCCAGAGCUAUGAGCAUCUCACCCAGGCCUACAACAAAAUAGUCGAGGUGAAUCGGUCCGGCAAACGCAUGCUAGGCCGCUUCUAUCGAGUGGUCUUCUAUGGCAUAAUGUACUUCGAGGAGGAUCAUGCCAUCGAGUUUGUCUACAAGGAGCCAAAACUGACAUCGCUUAGCGAAAUCUCUGAACGCUUGGCCAAGCAGUAUAAGGAAAAGUUCGGCGCCGACGUGGUCAAGCUCAUAAUGGAUUCCUCGCCGGUAAAAGUUGAGGAAUUGGAUCCCAAGUUGGCCUACAUACAGGUCACCCAUGUCAUACCGUUCUUUACCAAAGACGAGCUCGAUCAACGCCUGAACGAGUUCGAGCAGAAUCACGAUGUGGACACGUUCAUGUAUGAAACGCCCUUCACCAAAUCUGGCGCAGCUCGCGGCAGCGUGGAGGAGCAAUGGAAGCGCAAGACGGUCAUUAAGACCCGAUAUUCGUUUCCGUAUGUGCUCAAGCGCAUACCCGUCAAAUCACGUGAGAUCAUCGAGCUGAGCCCCAUUGAGGUGGCCAUCGAUGAGAUGCAAUCAAAGGUUUCAGAGCUGGAGGAGAUCAUUCUACCACCGGCCGAUGUGAAGAAGCUGCAGCUGCGUCUGCAGGGCAGCGUGGCAGUUACUGUGAAUGCGGGUCCCCUGGCCUAUGCGCACGCCUUUCUGGACGCCAAGGUGAUCAACAACUUUUCGCUGGAUCGUGUUGAGGAUCUGAAGGAUGUAUUCCGAGACUUUAUUGGUGUCUGCCACAAGGCGCUCUGCGUGAACGAGCGAAUGAUCAGUGCCGAUCAGAAGGAGUACCACCAUGUGCUGAAGGAGAACUAUGAGAAGUUGUGUCAAGCGCUCAGUGAGUUACUCCAAGACGAGUCAUUCCAGCCGCUUAGCGACGAUGCCGACGCAGCCGCCCAGCGCAAUAGCAUGGCUUUAUUCAAUGCGAUCAGUGGGGCCUCACAUAACUCAAGUUUUGGUUUUGCCGUUUAUUAAAGCCCAUGCAAACCAGCAAAUACCAUAUAUAUAUCCCACACAAACAUCUAUAUAGCAUAAAGAUCUACAUCUACAAUAUACGCAUAUAUUUAUAUAUAAACGACAUGUAUAUCUAUAUAUAUAUCGACACGCACACAUCCACUCACACAGACAAACAAAAUUGUGACUAAUUUUUCGACCAGUUGACCAAGCUCCAGUAAACUCGAAAGAAAACAAAAUUGUUAAGUUCGUAAAUCCGAUUAAUUGUUAUUAAAUUUUAAGUAAAUGCAUAUUGUACAUACAUCUAAGAAUGUUUUAACGAUUGUACAUUUUUUCUAUUGAUUUUAGUUUAUUAUUUAUAUAUAUAAUUUGUAUUUAUAGUUUAUUAUUAUAAUCAUAUACACUUAUUUCCAGUGUGAUGCAUGCCUGCAGUAAAAAGAAAAUAUUUAAAUACCUAAACGUACUUCCUGUUUAUUAAACUCAAUGAUAUCCUUUAUUAGUCUAUCUCUGCUGUGUCUUCGAUUUAAAAAUUGUUUGAUAAUGAAAUUAUAGUAAGCAGUCCUAACUAUAUCUACUAAGAGCUGCAGAACUGUGAAACAAAUAAUCCAUAUUAAUU